AUGGCGGUACAGAUGCUGACAAGAACAGGGAAUUCUUCAUCGGAAUUGACCAAGGAGAAUGGCGAAUCCGAAGACUCUCAGCAGCAGCCACCAAUGCCAUCUACCGGUGGACAUCCUGGAGCUCCAGCCCCGCCGAGCAGCGCCAGCACACCCAGCAGCAACGGAAUCAUCUCUGCUCCUCCUACUACGAUGCCUACAGACGGUUCUACCCCAAAUAACGUUAUGCCUCCGACGGCGCCUGGUCAACCGCCGUCCUCGCAGCAUACGCCGGUUCCACCCCAACAACCUCCAACAAUGCCACCCCACCCUGGCCAUCCCGCAAGUGGGGCACCAAUGCCUGGAGGUCCGCCUGGUGGUCCCCAUCAGCCACCACAUCAUCCUCCGCCUCAGCAGCAACCACCCCUUCCCCCACAGCAGGCUCCUCUGCCACCUACACAAGGGCCACCUCCACCGGUUCAGGCAGGACCAGGAGGCGCUCCAAUGCCCGGACCCCCUCAGGGACCACCCGGGCCGCCGCCUACCAGCGGGCCUAUUCCUCACCUUCUUAAAUCCUUAGAUUAG